UCCUCCGUUCUCACAAACCAACUUCUCCAAAUUCUAAUUCGACCAGGAUAGAGGACCUGCGUGAAAACUAAGUAGGGCCGAUAUGGCUUCCUCUCUAAAUAUUGCAAAUUUAUUUGUUUACUUUGUAAUACCUUGCUUUAAUAUGAACUUCGUUAAUAUUUUUACACUCAGCCUAUGUCUUACUCGAAAUUUACUCAUUGAAGUUUUUACUUCACACUACAGUCAAGCGUAUCACGACAUGGACCCGCCAUUUUUGCACUGGUACAAAAUAACUCUCCUUCUUCUUUUCCAUGUGUCGUACUCGGAGCCACCUUGCCACGAUAACCGCUAUCUCCCUGGUGGAUUUUACUUCACAACAGGAAGAAACAUGGUUGACAAUCACAGGCUCUCUGGUUACGUUUUUAAGACAUUAACAGUUUCAAUGCCGGUAGAGUGUUUUAGAAAAUGCCAGGCUAACUGUCGGUGCAUCUCAUUUAACUACUUAACAACCGGCAGCCAGGACAACUGUGAGCUGAACGAAGAGAACAAAUAUCUGAAACCUAGUGCCUUGGAACCUCGAGAAGGAGGUCAAUACUAUGAUCUAGUAAUCGAUUACAACGUGGUGAAGGGAGGCCAGCUAACAACAUGUUACAACGGUUGCUGUCACUCUCAGCCUUGUCUCAAUGGGGGAACAUGCAGCGAGGCUUGUAACGUCAAAGGAAAAAGGAUGCAGUGCGCAUGUGUACCAGGCUAUAUUGGAUUUCGGUGUGAGACAGGUAGGAUGAAAUGUGAAGCCCUGGCCAAACGGACUCGCAGGUAGACGCAAGUUGAGAACUUGCGUCUACUUGCGACUCCGUUUGGCCAG